AUGGAUCGAGGCCGCGCCAGGCUGGCGGCUGUUCCCAGAGCCGCGCCGCCCCCCCCCCCGCUGCAGCCGCCCCCCCCGCUGCAGGACAUCCAGGAGCUGGCGUCCAGGCGCGUGGACGUGCAGAAGAAGCGCUUCUACCUGGACGUGAAGCAGAGUGCGCGCGGCCGCUUCCUGAAGAUCGCCGAGGUGUGGAUCGGCCGGGGGGGGCAGGACAACGUGCGGAAGAGCAAGCUGACGCUGUCCAUGUGCGCGGCCCCGGCGCUGCGCGGCUGCCUCGGGGACUUCAUCGACUGUUACGCGCGCAUCGGGCUGCGCGGCCCCGACGAGCCGCACAGCAACGGACAGGGCCGCGUGCACGAGCCCCGCAGGAGGCCGCACGAGCACGCGCCUCCGUCUCCCGCCGGCUCCGCCGCGUCCGACGAGCACGCGCAGCGCGUGCUGAAGAGCGAGCUGAUCGAGCGCGACAACCGGAAGUACUUCCUGGACCUGAAGGAGAACCAGCGCGGGCGCUUCCUGCGCAUCCGGCAGACGGUGAGCAGGGGGGGGGGCCACGGCAGCAUGGGCUUCUACGGGACGGGAAUCGAACACACCAUCGUGCUGCCGGCCCAGGGGCUCAUCGAGUUCCGGGACGCGCUGUCGCAGCUCAUCCAGGACUACGGGGACGGGGACGGGGAGGGGGACGGGCCGGGCCGGGGCGCCGCCCGGACCCGGGACGACCAGGAGGAGGAGCUGCCCGAGGCCGCCUCCUUCCGCGUGGACAACAAGAGGUUCUACUUCGACGUCGGGUCCAACCGGUUCGGCGUGUUCCUGAAGGUCAGCGAGGUCCGGCAGCCGUACAGGAACACCAUCACCGUCCCCCUGAAGGCCUGGUCCCGGGUCGGGGACAACUUCCUGCGCUACGAGGACGAGAUGAGACGCAUCUUCACCUGCCACAAGGACAAGAGGACAGACACCCGCCAGGACAGCGAGGAGCAGGAGGACUGA